AUGGAAAAUAUAUCGAACAAAAUAUCUCCCCUAUUUAACAGACUUUUCAGUAACCAGUUAUUCGACCGUAUAAUAAGCGGUGACGACCAUGUUAACAGUUCAGCUAAUACUCAUCAUGACAAUAAUUCUCAUGAAACUUCUACUAAAAAUGAAUACCAGAAGAAUCCUACAUCUGGUAUACCAGAUUUUCAGUAUCACACACAAAGUAGAUAUUUACAAGGACGACAUCUGGGUAGAUUGAAUCCAUCUCUGUAUUUGAGUGAAGAAACAGAAGACCUUUAUGAAAUCCAACCUGGACAUAUAGGCAGAGUGUGGUUUUCAGUCAGUUAUAAUAAAAGAAUGGAGUUACUUAAAGUUACUAUCCAUAAAGCUAGAAAUUUACGUCAGAUGAGCAUAAAUUCAAAAUCACAGUAUGUUGGAUCCUCAUCUGUUCAAUCAGGUACAUUCUCAGAAGAACACGCUACAGUUGACUAUAGAGUAAAGGUUUUUAUUGAACAAGCAGAAAAGAAAUGCCAUGUGACUGCAAUUAAGAAACACACUAUCAAUCCAGACUUCAAUGAAAGUUUUUGUUUUCAAAUAGCACCACACAGCAUAAGUCAGAAAUCAUUAAACUUACAUGUGCUAAGUACUGACCGAAGACGGCGAUGCAUUCUGAUUGGUAGAGCAACAUUUACCUUGGAUCAACUAAUAAGUUCAGAAAAGGAGGAUGACAAUAAGACACUUAGGAUUUAUCGAGACCUGGAAAUAGAUUUUGAAAAUCCUGCUACCGCUUAUCCCCAACUAUUCGUUGCUCUCACAUACUUCCCGUCAACAGAACGACUAAUAGUCGGUUUAUUCGAAUGUAGAAAUUUGCCGUUGCGAGAGAAUGAUAUCUACGCUAAAGUUACAGUAUGCCAAGGAAUACAAGGUAAAGAGUUGAAAGCUAAACGAACUGAAGCACUAGGAUCAAAAGAAGGUUUCAAUGAAUCUUUUGUUUUCCAGAAAAUAUCAGACCCAUCCAGUAUAAAUGUCAGGAUUACCCUUAUACAACACGGAUUUAUCGAUAAGCAACUUGGUUUUGUUGUUCUUGGAGGUGAAAUGGUUUCCAAAGGUCGUGGUGUUGAUCACUGGAGAUCGAUGAUUGAAAGACCUGAGGAACAAGUCGGCGAGUGGCAGGAAAUACAGAUGUAUUAG